AUGACGACCCUAAGGCGCAACAGCGGCAUGCACACCUUGGCGUGGUUUGCCUUGAAAUUCCCAAAAAUCGCAAUAUAUAUUGACACCUGUAGAGACUGCUAUGAAGCUUACGUGAUCUAUAACUUUAUGAUCUUCUUUAACAACUAUUUAACAAUACGGUUGCCAAACGUGAUACUACACCUGGAAUCUAAAGAUCAGCAACAGCAUCUCUUUCCACUCGGCUGCUGUCCACCAUGGGCGAUGGGAGAAACGCUGCUCUUUUGAUGCAAACUGGGAGUCCUGCAGUACACUCUGAUCAGACCAAUUACCACUCUUACAGCAUUGGUAUUCAAGCUUGUUGGUGUCUAUGGUGAAGGGAACUUAGGUUUCUCCAAUGCUUGGACUUACUUGGUUGUAAUCAAUUAUUUGUCACAACUGAUUGCCAUGUGCUGCCUCCUGCUGUUUUACAAAGAGCUAAAGGAAGAGCUCAGCCCUAUAAAACCCGUUGGCAAAUUUCUUUGUGUCAAACUGGUAGCCUUUGUCUUGUUUUGGCAAGCAGGCCUUAUAGCACUGUUCGUUAAGGCGGGAGUGAUUUCAGAUAAGAAUACGUGGGAAUGGCAGAGUGCGGAAGCUGUGACCACGGGCCUGCAGGAUUUCAUGAUGUGCAUUGAAAUGUUCUUUGUGGCCAUUGCCCACCUUUAUUCAUUCUCUGCUAAACCCUUUGCAAAAGAGGCAGAGGCAGGCUCGUGCUUUGACUGUUUCCUGGCUAUGUGGGAUGUGUCAGAUAUAAGAGAUGAUAUUUCUCAACAAGUAAGAUGCGUGAGGAGAACAAUAUGUGGUUAUCCAAAAAAAAAAAAAAAAAAAAAAAAACAACUUUUUCCUGAAGACCCGGACCAUACUGAACACACAGGUCUGCUUUCCUCAUCGUCACAAGAUGCAAUAUCUUUCGGUUCAAAGCCAUCUUCACCCCUAGGCCAAUAUCAGUUCUUUGGACACACAAUUACUUCCCAGAAUGCAGCUGCUGCAUCCAAGUCAUGUGAAGACAUUGUGAUUGAUGUCCCAGAAGAGCAGGAACCUUCUGAUACAGCCCAAUAUCAAGACUUGGAAGAUACAGUUGCUUCAUAG